CAGUCAGUCUUAUUUCAGACGAGUUCGUGGGAGGAUGCUUGACGGCUUGCUCCAGAAGUGACGAAUCUCUGAUUUAAACACCAUUUUAAGGACCCGCUAGUGUGGUGUCUGUGUUAAAUUGAUCAUUAGAGACAUCGAGUGAUUUGUUCGAGUUCGUAGUGGUGGAAUGUGAUAUGUUUAGAGAGUGGUUGAGGUUGUAUACAAGGGUGUGUGGUGGAGGCCCCUGGAGUAGUGGAGUGCUUGGCCUGCCUCGCCUCCACCCGACGCCACCUCCAGGGCCAGCGUGGGGGUCCACGGCCGCCUCCUCCGCCAGUCUGCCGGUGGCUGCCGUCGGCGAUGGUAGUCUGGCAGUUCUCCCGGUUAGAAUUAUCGCGUGUUAAUACCCCGAGAUGUAAAUUCCAUAAUGGAGAUUUUUGAAUAUCAGUCGACUUUUUGUGUUCAAUACUGAUGAGGUUGUCUUUGCCGAGUGAUACCGGCUCGUGUGAGAUGGUGCAAAAUACAUUUGUUUGAGAGUGUGGGAGGCCAGGCUGUGAUGGCUGGCGUGGGCCCUUGAAUGACAUCAAAUCAAACGUCACCCUCCACCCACACGCCCUACAACACCACGCCCUCAACCCCAGCCACGCCCUCAAUCCCAGCCACGCCCACUCACGCCACGCCCUCCAACAAGCAGCGAUGGCGUGUGGCAGUGUGUUCGCCGCGGAGAGCAAGCUGGGGCGUGACCUCUCCGCCCUCGACCCCACCCGCAGCGACCUCACUUCAGACCUCCCGCGGAAGAAGAGAGACUCGCCCCCCAACUCCAGAAACACCUCCUACAGGGUUGGAGGGAGCGUGCACGAGGCUGUGAGGUUCCUGCAGGGGGAGCACGAGGCCGUCCUCCAAGGCCUCCACCAGCAGAUACAACUCCUCCAGAAGCGUUGUGAUGAUUUACAGUUUGAGGCCCAUCUUCGGCAUGUGACCCUUACUGAUGAAGACACAUGGAGGUCGCAGGUCGCCGAGCUCAACAAGCUUCUGGAGGAGCGAACAAAGUGUGUGGUGCAGCUGGAGAAGCAGCUGUCAGAGCAGCAGAGACUGUCAGAGGAAGAGCGCGAGCAGAACAGGUGGCGGGAACUGCAGCUACAACAGCAAUUGGAAGCUGGGGAGCGGCGGGUGUCAGAACUACGUGGAGAGGUGCAUAGACUGCGGGCGCAAGUGCGUGAUUUAAGGGUGUACAGUUCAGCACUGCGAACUGUUGGCGCUCGUGCAUCCUCUUCCCGGACUGCUUCUCGCAGCUCUAACAAUAUCACUGCACGCCCUCUCUCCCGCAACUCCCGUGCCUCUGUCGGCUCUCAGGAAUCACUAGAGUCUUCAGGACCUCGAAGUCUUGGUUCUGAAGAUGGAGAAGCAGGAUCGUGGCGAGAGGCACGGCUAGGAGGCACUAAUGUUACUACUCGCAACCCUCGGGCAGGAAGAACGCCUCUUAAUGCUCAUCCUCGACACUCCACCUUCUCCCUUCCACCCACAAUCACCUCCCCGCCCGCCUCUCUGCCACCCUUGGCAUCUAUGCCAACCCAGCGCCCGACCUCCACUUCCACCGUCAUUCUGCCACCCAUCACAACCAGUCAAAAUGUCUCCCGCCACGUCCGUCGCCAACUCCGCCUUGGGUCGGCGCCAGUCCUUGACAUAGACCGCAGCAACCCCCACCCUCAGCGUGAUAGGGUAUGACCCCGCCUGACCUCGGCCCCAGUGCAGAGGGUGUGCAUGCACAGGGUCACUACUGGAGAGAGCAUGGCUAGGGUCCAAGCAACACCAAAGAGGGGCCGACCAGCCAGUGUGUGCAGCUGCAAAGUAUCAUGGCAGACUCCAGGAACCAGUGGCUAACUGACUUGUCUGGGAACUGUAACUCAAAUAACAAUGUACAGCAUGUUCAUUCUGCAGUUACUAAAAUAAACUUUUACAGUGGUCUCCCCUCCUCCAGAGGAAAAUAUUUUGAACACAAUACAUAGUACAAAAUGACCACUAUAAAAUCUAACAAUUGCAGCAUUUUAGUGUAUUCAAAUCUGACAUAUAGAAAACAAUUGUAGCAGUGAUAAAGAAAAUAGAAAGGCUGAACCUGGCAAUAUUGUACAUUAACAUUAUGCUCCAGGGAGCUCACUCGUGCAUCCAGACACCUCAAGUGUGUGUGAAUAUACAAUAUUUUUAUACCUGGUGCAUUUUGAACCCACCUAAACAAAAAUUAUUUUCACAUUAAAUAUUAUAACUUAUUUGUGAUAUAUUUUCUCAAUUUAUGAUUUGUUUUUGUAUUAAAAGUUUAUACUGAUACAGUACUAUACUGAUACAGUGGAGUGGUUUCUAAUACUGUGUAAUAGCGGAACAUAAAUCUCAUCAAACAUGGUAAAUAUUCGUAUAUGCAGCCAGUAUGAUACGCAUCCGUAUGUGGCCAGUACGACAGGCGUCCUCUAUGUGGUCAGUAUGAUAAGUGGCUUUGAUGUGUGUUUCCCAUGUAGCCUGAUGUUUAUACAAGUCAUGUUAUUGACCUACUACAGACAUGUGUGCACAAAGGAAUGAAUUGUGCAUUACAUUUCUUAUAUGUGUGAUUUGACAUAGGUGAUUUUAACCUCUUUUUUUUUUUUUUUUAAUUAUUUUUGAUUUGUAUUGAAAAUGGUUUCCAUUUAUACAUUCAUAAGUUUUAAAUGCUUUUUAAUAUUUUCAUGUAAUAAAAUCCAAAAAUUAUUAUUAAAUAUUUGUGGCACUUCAAUUUCCAAGUUGCUCUGUACAGGAACAAUCAUGUUUUGUACUUGUUGACUUCCUGUGGCAUACAGUUAUAGCAACGAAAACUAAAUGUAUCUCAAAUUAUCCUGUCUAAUAGUAAACAUAAAGAAAGAUGCUGUGAAAUUCAUGCAAAUUUUCUCUAAACGUAUACAAACAAAACUCUAAAAUUAAUGCAAUUUUCAUCCAAGCGUGCAGAAAGAUGCUAUAAAAAUUUGCAUGCAAAUUUCCUCCAAAUGUAUACAGAUAUACAGUACUUUAAAAUCCAUGCGAAUGUAUUAAUUAUUUUGUCCCGACACUGCAGUCUCAUCUCAAAGGUCUGUGUUCAUCGUCAUCAUUAUCAAAAGUGUUCAGGAUUUUUUAUUUGGAUUUUAGAAGUUUGAAUCCUUGGUUUGUAUGAUUCAUUGGUACAGUAUUUGGAGAUAUUAUAUAUAUAUAUAUAUAUAUAUAUAUAUAUAUAUAUAUAUAUAUAUAUAUAU